AACAUUUUUCUACUUCUGUUCAGUCAUAAAUUGUUAAAGUAACUUAUUUAUUUUUCUGAAACUUUGGGAUGUUUAUUUAUUUUCAUCCCUGUGUGUUUUAUUUCCGACAGUCAGCGAGAUUGUGAAUGAAAAUGGAAGAUCCAAGCAAACAGACUCCCCCCUUUGGCAGUGGAGCUCAGAGAAGUUCCCAUCCCAGGCCUUUCUUCUUCGUCCAGCCACCUUCUCAGCCAUAUUAUUUCUGCCCUCCCUGGCAGCUUACGAACCCAUACAGCCACUUCGGACUGCCUGCAGGUUUUAACUUUGGCCGCCCCAGCCUGCAUCCUUACCCCUAUAUGCCUUACCCUGGCUUUGUUUUACCACAUGCCCCGCUACAUCCUGUAGAUUACAGGCGGAUGUUUGAACCGAGAUUCCAAGCACCAGCUUGGGGAGAUGUACCUCGUCAACAGUACCAUCCACAACCUCCGGGACGUCGUGAAACUGCUUGUUCAGGGGCUCAAACUGACCCUAAUGAUGCCAUAAACAAGCUAAUCGAGUGCUUGGAUAAAAUCCGAACCACAGAGCUUCAGAGCACCGACCGAGAGCUGGACUCUGGCGUUGGUUCUCAAUCCUCGGGUGUCUUUUCUCCUGUAGAAGAAAAAGCUGAAAAGCAGGGUUACCCACUGCGGUUGGAGCCAAAUCAUGGCCCUUUGGAGUCUCCAGGUGUGACUUCAAGUGAUUCCAAUGCAGGGGUUUAUGAUGGUGAGUCCAAUAAAGUUGUUUUGGACCAUUUGAGCCCAGAAGGAGGUUGGACAGGAAGACUGGAGGAGGAGCUGCCUAUUGACAGCUCUUCAUUUCAUGAAGAAUGUCUCCAUCAGCUGGCACCAGACGAACACUUUGUCUCACAUGAGACAGAGGUCCCAGAUAUUCAAUCAAAUAUCUCGAUGACUGACUCAAGUGUUCCAAUUUAUGAUACUGAGAAGGUCCACAAAUCUUCACUUCCCUCCAGUCCGCUGGUCUUUACAGAGGCUAAAGUCUUAAAGGUAGAAGAUUCAAUGACUUCCUGCGAUCAAAUCAAACCCGAUGAAGACUACCAGAUCAUCAAGCUACCGUUUGAUGGUGUUUUUACUGCCGGAGCUGUGCAGCUCUCAUCCCCAGCUGCACCUUACUAUUACAAUUACCUUCCCAUGCAGACUACACAUGAGCGCAUGAGUGUCCUCAGUCCAUCUUUGGACGAACUGUCUUCCAGAGAUGAAAUGUUCUCUACAGAUCUGGACGACACGGAUCUCUUCCCAAAGCAUAUGUACGCUGGGAGGAAACUUUCGGCAGUCAUUGGAGGAUCUCCUCCAGCGGCAGACGAUGACGAGGAGGCAUGGUUGCCAAAGUCGAAGAGGGUCGCGUGUGCUUGUUGUGGAAAAAACUUGGAAAAGGGGACAAGCAGGAGCAAAAUCCAUAGCAACAAAGUGUAUCAUGAUGAAGCUGGAGACUCUGAAGAAGAGGGUGCAUACGGGAGAGGGUCCGAGCAGCCAAUCAGAGUGGUUGUCAGGAAGCAUUCUGCAGCAAAGAAGACUCAAACUGUCCAAAGACAUUCAGCUAAACCUUGGUAUAAGAAAGGCCAGUACAAAGAGCUGCCAGACACCAUGAAAUGGGUGGAGAGUCAUGAGGCCUGUCAGCAGGAGGUUGCUGAAGCAGAAACCGAGGAGUUGGACAGCAGGGAGCUGCAGUGUAGAACUUGUCAGGAUGGACUCUGCAGAGCGGAUGUGGCCACCGCAGGCCCAGGCCAAUGGCCGGCUGGAGAAGCGAUUCCCCGUAGAAGACAUGCCACCCCUCUGGAAAGACAAGAAGUAAGCCCUCAGUGGAAAGUGAUGUACCACAGGCCUAGAGAUGAUGAUCAGGACGGUGAAGAAGAGGUGCUUCCAUUAAGUUGGGAAAGAGGCUCCACAGUGAGAGGAGAACCAAGAUGUUGACGUUUUCCUUGACUGAGUUUUGAACAAAACGGAUUGAACUGUCCCCCCUAAAGGUGUAAAGGUUGAGGGAUAAUGGAGCACCAGGUGUAAUGCACUGCACAAGAAGCAUAGUUGUAUAAAAGAACAAAAAAAUUGCAGUGAUUCUGCCUUUCACCAAAGAUAACUUGAUCUCACAAAUGGGCUAAAAGGUUGUUGAAGAUGCCAC